ACCAUCAGUGUGUGAGCAGCAGCCCAGAGCCUAAUGGGACCUGAGAUGACUCUUUCACAAACGUUGCUGGAGCAGAGUAGUGUGGCCUGCGAGUGCAGCUGAACAGAAAGCAGCCACUUGUCUCUCCUGUCACUGCCGUGGAGCCAGGCGAAUGUUGUUGAGUGCUGAGGACCCAGAAGUGCAGAAUUCAUCAGGGAUCUGGAAAGUGUGAGAGUGUGGAGGAGGAGGUGGAGUACUGUAAAGAAGAGAGGAUAGGCAGACUGUUUCCCUCCUUCACCCAGCAGGCUUUUCUGCAGCAUCUUUAUACUUAACAUGGAUCUCUGGAGUAAAAAAGUCCAGGGGAUUAUUACACAGGUCGUCCUGAUACUCUUCAGCUCAUGCAGGGCAACAAGAGGAGAGGUGUGUGACAGUCCACUGGUAUCCAAUCUACUGCCCUCAUCAUUCAGAAGCUCUUCACAGUUGUCUGGCAGCCAUGGGCCAGGCUUCGCUAAGCUGAACCGGAGAGAAGGAGCUGGAGGUUGGUCUCCUCUGAGUUCAGACCGGUAUCAGUGGUUGGAUGUCGAUUUGGGUGAGCGGACACAAAUCACUGCUGUUGCUACACAAGGCCGCUAUGGCAGCUCUGAUUGGCUGACGGCCUACCUGCUGAUGUUCAGCGACACAGGACACAACUGGAAACAGUAUCGACAGGAGGACAGUAUAGGGGCUUUUCCAGGUAACAGCAAUGCAGACAACGUGGUCCAGCACAAGCUCCAGCAUGCAGUGAUUGCUCGCUACGUCCGUCUGAUCCCCCUGGACUGGAAUCCCAGUGGACGGAUCGGACUCAGGCUGGAGACCUAUGGAUGUCCUUACGACUCUGAUGUGCUGAGCCUGGAUGGCUGCAGCAGCCUUCUCUACAGGUUGAGUCCCGGGCCAAGGCACGUGACCAGAGAAAGCAUCUCUCUGAAAUUUAAAACGCCGAGGAACUCCGGGAUACUGCUUCAUGCGAAGGGACGGAGCGAGCUCAGCCUCACCCUAGAGUUAGAGAAAGGAAAGCUUCACCUGCUCCUCCAAAAAGGCAGGAGUUCAUCUCCCAACAGCCGACACACAGUGCAGCUGGGCAGCCUGUUAGAUGACCAACACUGGCACCACGUCGCAGUGGAGCAUCACAGCAAUCACCUCAACCUCACUGUGGACAAAAGCACGCUGUGGGUGCAGAUCCCACCAAGGUUUACCCACUGGGACCAUGACCAGAUGAUCGUGGGAGCAGACCAGGACCUUGGCUGUCAGAGGUCAGCUGAAUCACACCGAAAUUUCCACGGCUGUGUGGAAAACCUUAUUUAUGGUGAAGUCAAUCUGGUAGACCUUGUCAAACAGAAAGACCAGCGGGUUACUGUGAAGGGCAAUGUGACCUUUUCUUGUGCUGAACCUGUUUUUGUUGCCAUGACGUUCACCAGCCCCCAGAGCUUCCUCUGGUUGCCAGAGGCAACAGCACUGUCAUCUAUGGGCAUGUCAGUGGGGCUUCAUUUUCGAACGUGGAACGAGGCGGGGCUGUUGCUGACCUUUGCUCUCCCAAACCAAGCAGGUGCAGUCUGGCUGUACCUGAGCAAAGCCAGGCUCCAUCUACAGAUCCACAAGCCUGGCAGAGCACCACUGGAGCUCAUCACAGGUUCAGCUCUGAAUGAUGGUCAGUGGCACUCUGUGGAGCUGAUCUCCAUACGAGGACGUCUGACCAUCACAGUGGAUGGAGAUGAAGGAGGCACUGCUCACGCCAGUCCAUCGUUUUUUAUUACCGCAGGAGGUCAACUUUUCUUUGGUGGAUGCCCCACUGAAGGGAGCAGCCAGGAGUGUAUGAAUCCCUUCAAACAUUUCCAGGGCUGCAUGCGAGUGCUGACUGUGGACAGCCAACAGGUGGACUUGAUCAUGGUGCAGCAGAGGCUGCUGGGAAACUACAGUCAUGUACAGAUCGACAUGUGUGGUAUCAUCGACAGGUGUUCUCCCAGUCACUGUGAACAUGGAGGCGUCUGCACUCAGUCAUGGAGCACCUUCCACUGUAACUGCUCCAGCACUGGCUACACGGGUGCCACCUGUCACAGCUCAAUAUACAAACAGUCCUGUGAAGCGUACAAGCACAAAGGCAACACGUCGGGCUAUUAUUACAUCGAUGUGGAUGGCAGCGGACCCAUCAGACCACAGCUAAUAUACUGCAACAUGACAGAGGACAAGACAUGGAUGGUGAUCCAGCACAACAACACAGAGCUGACCAGAGUUCGACCGUCACCAGGAAAGAAUCAGCAUUCAGCUCACUUUGAAUACACAUCUGAAGAAGAGCAGCUGGUGGCCAUCAUCAGCCAGUCAGCGCACUGCGAACAGGAACUAACCUACCACUGCAGGAAGUCCCGUCUUCUGCACACACCAGAUGGCUCUCCAGUCAGCUGGUGGGCUGGAGGUCCAGGUGUAGGACAGGUGUAUACUCACUGGGGUGGGGCUCCGCCAGGCAGCCAGCAGUGUGCCUGCAGCCUGCAGGAGAACUGUGUGGACCCCAAACACCCCUGCAACUGUGACGCUGAUCAAACUGAAUGGGCUAAGGACUCAGGCCUGUUAACCCAUAAGGAGACCCUCCCUGUUAGGUCUCUGGUGCUGGGUGACAUUCACAGGCCUGGCUCAGAAAGCGCCUACAGGGUAGGACCUCUUCGUUGCCAUGGAGACAAAAAUGUUUGGAAUGCUGCAUUUUUUGACAAGGAGACAUCAUAUCUCCACUUUCCCACAUUUCACGGAGAGCUGAGCUCAGACAUCUCGUUCCUCUUCAAAACCACUUUGUCCUCUGGUGUCUUCCUGGAAAACCUGGGCAUCAAAGACUUCAUUCGGAUUGAACUCAGAUCCUCCACUGAGGUCCUGUUCUCCUUUGACGUGGGUAAUGGUCCACUGGAGGUUCGUAUGAAGGUUCGCUUCCCACUCAAUGACAAUAGGUGGCAUCAUGUUCGAGCCGAGCGGAACGUUAAAGAGGCAUCACUUCACCUGGAUGAGUUCCCUGCUGCGACACAGGAGGCUCCUGCUGACGGGCACAUCCACCUACAGCUGAACAGCCAGUUAUUUAUAGGAGGCACAGCUUCCAGACAGAAGGGAUUUCGUGGUUGUAUUCGCUCUUUGCAGCUGAACGGUAUUACCCUGGACCUGGAAGAGAGAGCCAAGAUCACCCCUGGAGUUCAGGCAGGAUGUCCAGGCCACUGCAGCAGCUACGGCUCCCUCUGCCAGAACCUGGGACGCUGCGUGGAGAGAUCCAACAGCUUUUCCUGUGACUGUGGCCUCUCCGCUUACACAGGCGCCUUCUGCGACAGAGAGGUUUCAGCCAGCUUCAGGUCAGGAACAUCUGUCAGCUACACAUUCAAAGAGCAGGUGGUGGAUGAUCUGAACAGAAGCAGCAGUGCCCUGCCCUCCCCUUUAUAUACUGACAUCACCCUGAGAGCAGAAAACAUCUCGCUGAGCUUCAGGACCAGCCAGAGUCCCGCUCUGCUCCUGUACAUCAGCUCCUCCCACAGAGAGUACCUGGCUCUGCUGCUCAACAAGCAUGACAAACUGGAGGUGAGGUACAGACUGGACAGCAGCAAAGAGGCAGAGAUCCUGAAGAGUAAAGUGGGGAACCUGGCCAACAGACAGAUGCAUUCUGUUUCCAUCAGCAGACGGGCGGACGCUGUCUCUGUGCAGAUUGACCAGAACACCAAAGAGGACUUUAACCUCACAUCUGAUGUGGAAUUCAAUGUCAUCAGGUCCCUGGUUCUUGGCAGAGUGCGCAAUUCUGGUGAGAUGGAUCCAGAGCUGGCUCGGCUCGCCUCUCUGGGUUUCACAGGCUGCCUGUCUGCUGUCCUCUUUAACUCCAUCAGCCCUCUGAAAGCUGCCCUGCUCCACCCAGACACCAGCCCUGUCAUCGUCACUGGCCCGCUGCUCCAGUCCACCUGUGGCUCCACCUCAGUUAAUCCCUAUGCAGCAGAAACCACACACCACCUCUCAGGCCAGUCUGGUUCAGUGGGAACAGGUCAGCCUUUAGUCAACGCCAUCAGGAUUGAGUCAGCUCUGAUUGGAGGUGUGAUAGCGCUGGUGAUCUUUGUGAUCGUGUCUGCGUUAGCCAUAAUGGCCCGAGUCCUCUACAGGAGGAAAGGAUCAUGUCAGAGCCAGGAAGUAAAACCAGUGAAACCUGAAGAUGGCCCGGAGCUGCCGUUCAACAGCCGGAAUGGCUCGCGCAACGGUCCGAGUGACAGCCAGAAGGAAUAUUUUAUUUAGGUGGAGCCUCCCGUGCUGGAGCUGCGAGAUGGACAGAGACAGAGAUGCCUUGUCAAGCCUCAGUGCUUUACACUACAAACUGAGCCUGUGCAGUGGCUCAACAAACAGAACUAUACACACGUUUUCUGUCUUCUUUUGUUUUGUUUUGUUUUUACCUCGGUGGUUGUAUUUUUGUAAAGAUUGUAUAUAAAUGAACAAAGUGUUGAAUUUAGUACCGUCAGUAGAUCAACUGUAAAUAUCUAAUGAUGUAAAUCUUGAAAUUGUGACUUUUUUCUGUCAUACUGAGCUGUUUAAAAUGUUAAGCACUGUGUUUUCAUGGAGGUGGGAUGAAAACUUAAAUCAGCGUUGUCGGUUCUGGGGUGAUAUAAAUGCAUUUUCUGACAUCACACACAGCUGUUUGCUGCUUUGAGUAAGUGAGUUCUUAGGUCAGAUGGGUGAGUGGAUUCAAUUUCCAGGGUGUUUUCUUUCUUUCUUUCUUUUUUAACUUUGUCCAUCUACUGUCAGGCCUUUUCCGCUGUAGGAACCUGCCGACCCAUUAAGGUUCUGCUUUUGUUUUCUCUGCCUGGUUUUGAGAAGAGUUUACAGCAUCCCUCAGGACAUACCUGUAGUACAAAAUCAAGUUCUCUGCAGUUUGUGUUCUGCUUGUUCAGAGCUGUUUGAUAAACUGCUCAUACAGCCUCCGUUACUGGCAGAUUUUGUUGCAUGUGUGAUUAAUGAACUUUGAGAGCCUUCACUCAGCUGUGUGUGUGAGGAGCACAGCCCAGCUCUCACAUAAACACAGGCUGACACGGGGGAAAAUGCAGUGAGAAAGCAAUGUGGGCCACAUCGAGCCUUCGAAUUCCAACAGAUUACAGGUUGACUCGUAGAGUUCCCACGGUGAAAAACACUUUAUAUGUACUGCAGGAAAGCAAAAUGUAUUUAGAGAAUGUGUUUUAUUUAUCAUACUUCUUUUUCAUUACAGCUUGAAGCAAAAGUUAACGUAUUUAUUUCCCUUUUUAUUCAUUAGUUUGAUUUCUUUUAUGUAGCUUUCCUCCCCCCAGCUCUUUGUGUAGUUUGUAGGCUAAAGCCUUCAGAACAGUCCCCCCAAGCAGCUUUUAGAUGACAAACCUGUGGUCUAAAAUUUGAGAAAUUAAAUCAUAAAUGUCUCACUAAUAAUAGAAGAGCACUUUACCACUCCACCGCACAAACAUGCAGUGAGCCCUGCAGGAUGUGGAUGUUAUGAUAAAUCACUGAACAUAAAAUCCAGUAAUGAAAUCAACUUCAAAAUGAUGGUACUGUAGGUUGUAAUAAAAGCCACAGAGUGAAGACACUGGGGCAGCUCUACAGAGUGUGGACUGUUUGCUGAAUGUCCCGGUACAUUGUUUGAGGAGUCGGUUUCUGGUUUUGGCUGACAGAAGUUUGGUUUCUCUCCUUACAGCACAUCACUUCUGAGCAGCACAAUCAUGUUUAUAGUACUAGAAGGUUUCUGCAGUGCCAGUGAGUCUGAGUGACCUGCUGUUAGAUUUUAAUUUGUAUAGAUAUUUUAGUAGCAACAUUCUGUUCAGUGAAAAUAAAAAAAUUGAUCUUUUAUCUGAAUUGGGUUUAUCUUACAUUUUAGCUAAGCAAUCUUGCAUAUUUUUAUUACAUUAUUACAUUUUUGUUAUUCUAUCAUUGACUUCAGUGACAUUCACUGUAAGAGCAGACCCUGUGAAAUGGUACAGAGUUAAAUGAACAAUUGAUUUGAUUUUGAGCAAUGAAUGCCUAAUUCAUUGUGAAAAGCUAGAUCAAUUGCAGUUUAGAAACCUAAUGUCUGAAUCAUUUCUCUGUUAAAUGAAGCUGAAAUGCAGCAAAUUUAAUUAACAUAAAUUUACAUCUUCACUGUGUGACAUUUCUGAUGGAUAUUAUUAUGCAUCUGUCUGCAGAGUGGAGAUAACUUCACCAUCUCCUGCUCUGUGAAGCAUUGAGGCGCUGGAGGUGUCAAGCUAAUUCUUGUCAACGAUCCACCUAGACUGUCUCCGAGGAGAAACAACAACACACGGACACAAGGUUUUGAUAUGUAACGGGGCCUCCCUCCUCCUGCUGUCCGCCCCCUGUAUACACACACAUACACACACACAACAGGACUCAGAUGAUCCGGAUGAUGGCAGCUUGCUGGUUGUCAGCAGGCAUUAUAGACAGAGAGGGAUACAUCCGUGCCUCUAAUAAGACCUCAUUAGGGAGAACAACAAGAGGACUUGGUGUAAUGACAUGUUAGGUAUUUUUAGUCAGAUAGAAAUUGGAUAGAUACUUUGUGUAUU